AUCUUUCAUUGAUAAAACGUUUAAUUGUUAUUUAUUGAUGAUGUAUAAGCGGUUUUAUCUUGGAAAGUACCAAGAUACUUGGGUUUUUCAGUCGGAACAAGUAUAUAUAACCGCAAAUUGUUGUAAAUCAUAAAAUCUUUUUCACGAAACAAGAUGGCCGCAAUUAUUAAUGUAUUUAUUGCUUUCUUUGCCACUGUAAUAACUAUCCAAGGAGCAAGUAUUAACAACCGUAUUGUUGGUGGCCAACCAGCCGCCCCCGGUCAAUUCAAAUACAUCGCCUCCCUUCGCCAAAUAAGCACCGACCGCCAUUUUUGUGGAGCAGUCAUAAUCAGCCCCAAGCAUUUAAUAACAUGCGCCCAGUGUCGACACCCAAUUGAACAAAUCGAGGUCCUAGUCGGUGUGACCAAACAAGACGACCCAAAUGGUCAACGUCACCUAAUUGAGUCUUUCCCCAUACAUGAAAAUUUCAAUUCAGCCACGGGCAUGAAUGACAUCGCCGUCAUUACUAUAAAAACUGAAAUCACAUUUAAUGAUGUUACACAACCGAUACAGUUACCCAAACAUCGUGUUGUAGAUAAGGAACGUUUAUCUGCUGCUGGUUGGGGACACACCAGCUAUCCCGAUGGUGCCAGUGCGAAUGAUCUGCAGUGGAUGCAGAUGAAUGUAGUGUCACCUGAAGAAUGCCACGAAUUGACUGGUUAUCCCGUUGGGGGGCAGAUUUGUACUUUGGAGUCGAAGGGUCAUGGUAUGUGCAGAGCAGAUUCGGGAAGUCCACUUAUUCAUACAAUUGAUGGUGUUGAUGAGGUUGUUGGCCUGGGCAGUUCAGUGUUCUUGUGUGCGCAAGGAAAACCUGACUUUUUUACUGAUGUUUAUUUCUUUAAGUAUUGGAUAUUGAAUCAUAGUGAUUGAUAAGUAAUAAAUAACCAUAAUAUAGAGCUGAA